UUCUGCUCCCACACACCACCCAUUUUUUCUUCUCUUGUACCCUCUUGCAACCCAAGUCCCCCCGCCACGCUGCCCUCCUCCAUAUAAAAUGAGUCUCUUUGAAUGGCCGACUCCAACUGAUUCUGACAAGGGACCCGGCGGCCCCGACGGCCCCACCACCGACGAGACACCCGCGAGGACAGGACAAUAUGUCCUCCCGGUGAUUCCCGCGCGCAAUAAAUCGAGGGCUCUUUGUGGCAACGCCUUCAUGGUAGUCCUCCUCAAUGUGUUGGCCCUCACUAAAAUUGAUCUGAAUGACCGAACCUGGACGCGUCUCUUUGUCAACCUCUUGUGUUCUCUCGUGGUGAUGUCGCCCAACAUCGCCUUGAUUGUCACGGACCGCAGGCCAAGGAGCAGGCUGCUUGCGAACGUUUGGCUCUACACAGCCUACACCUGCGCACUCCUUAUAGCGGUCUUUGUCGCAUAUACAGUGGGCAGUCUCCCCAAGCAGCUUGCAGAACUAACCGUAGCUUAUUUAGAAAAUAGAACGAAAUCUUAGAAGUGGUCGACGUAGCGUGCGGUGCUCCAUCCCUACAAUAGCAUUCCCUGUAAGACGCUCCGCUGGCCCCUGC